CGAAGUGGUGAAUGAAUAGAUGACAUGACUGGAGGACUCAGCCGUAUGUUGCCGAAUGCGUUGCAGAAAAUACAUUAAUUGAUAUUUUAUUUUUGUAUCAUGCCUUCUGAUUUCAGUGCAUUCAAUCCAAUGUUCCCAGCACGUACGUGGAGGCUCAAAAUGCGAUCAGCAUUUUCGCAGUUCGGUGAUAUGUUUAGCGAGUUUGGAAAAAAUAUUGCUCCUACUUAUUAUCAUGAUCGCUGUGAGAGGUCAGUUCAGAUGAGACUUUAUACUAUGCACAAAAGAGAAUUUGUUCUUGCUAUCUCUGGCUUUUUUGCAAGUUUUGGCCUAUUUGUAUUUAUUGGACUUGCUGGACCUCCCAUUACUAACACAAUUACUGUAAAUACUACUAACCUUAACCCAAAGCUUAACCAUUCACAAAUGGCUACUGGACCAUUUGUUCUCCGUUCUCCUGCAGUAUCAACUUUCAGUCAACAGUUAUGGGUGAUUGCUAGGAUUAUUCUUAAACAUGGGGAUGAUGAGAGAUUUAACAAGCCUUUCCAUGUGUCUGUUACAAUCCAUGGAGUUACCGACCAAAACAAAAUUGUUGUUGUCUUAGGGAAUCAGCAUAGCCACAACCGCACGAGGGAGCUUCAUUGUUUUAAUAGUGUAUGUGAAGAAUUUACCAUACUUCACCUGGGUUUCUUAGAUUAUGCACAUUACAUCAUAACUGUAAAUUUUUAUGGGCUUGAAAGGAUUGAAGAAAAUUACAAUAUGAAAGAUGUAGUUUUCUAUUUUAAAACUUAUAAUCCCUCAUUUACGAAGAUUGAAAUAUGGUUUCGCUGCAUCUUCAUAGUUCUUACUUUUGCUACAUCUUGCUGGUUUGCAUAUUCAUUGAGAUUUUUCUACUUCUUUGAUUGGUCCAUUGAACAGAAAUGGAUAUCUGUUCUUUUACCUCUCCUUGUAUUAUACAAUGAUCCAGUAUUUCCAUUGUCAUUUUUGGUAAAUAGUUGGGUCCCUGGAUUGUUGGAUGCUAUGUUUCAAGCAACAUUUUUAUGUGCUCUGCUUCUUUUUUGGCUCUGCAUAUACCAUGGUAUUAGACAGAAUGAACGUAGUUUUUCCAAGUUUUACCUUCCAAAGUGUAUUAUAAUAGGUUUACUUUGGUUAUCUGCAUUCACUUUAGCCUCUUGGCAGAAAUAUAAUGAAUUACGGGAUCCCACAUAUAAUUAUAAAGUGGAUACUGGCCAUUUCAUGGGAUUUAAAGUAUUUUUCUUUACUAUUGGAUCCAUUUACUUAGUUUACCUGUUUUAUCUCAUCAUAAGAGCUUACACGGAACUUCGUUCUAUGCCAUACUUUGAUGUGAGAUUGAAAUUUCUUACCAUUCUCAUGGUAAUUGUGCUGUCAAUUAGCAUAGCUGUUACAGUUCUUAGGUUUGGUGUUUCUGUCCUUCAAGAUAAUUUUGUUGCUGAGUUAUCAACUAAUUAUGGCAGCUCUGCUGAAUUUAUGUCAUUUUACAGUUUGUUGAAUUUUUAUCUUGUUACCAUGGCUUAUGUCUAUGCACCACCAAGAGGAGCAUUUUUUGAAACACGAGUAAAAGAUAAUCCCACCUUAUCAAUGAUUAAUGAUUCUGAUGAAGAAGUCAUUUAUGCGUCUGAUUCGGAAAAUAGACCUUUAAAUCCAAUUAGAAAAAGUCCAGAUAAAGAAGAAAGCGAUUAAAAUUUGUGCACUGAGAAUUGCUACAUUUUGACACCAAAACAAAAUUUCAUUAUUAUGUUUCAUGUCAUCCAUUUAUUUAAUCGUUUUCAUUUUAUUCACUUUAUUUAUAAUCAUAUAAUUUUCAUUCAUCUCAGAAAUCUGAAAUGGUAAGAUUUACAUUUUAGCAUCAAACUUAGCAAUGCAAAAAUUAUUCAUGUUUGAUAUGAAAUUUUUAAAAUUCAUACUGUGAUAGAGUUUCAAUUGUUCUUCCGAUAUUGUUGCUGUUAUAUUUAUUCAUACUAUGCAUAUUUUAAAAAAUAUAAUGCAUUUCAGUUUAAACCACUUUUUGUUAUGCAUAGUUUCAUUACCAAACCCAAGUAUCUCUAUACACAAUGAAUUAUCUUCAUAUUUUGUACUAGAAUUUCUACAAAUAGAAGAAUCAUUUAACAGUGAUGCAUGAAAUAUUUCUCUCCCUUUUUCCAUAAUAAUAAAAUAGAAAAGUUUGCAAUAAUAAGUAUGAAAGCAAUUGACAACAGUGUGUUUACAAUUUUGUUUUAGAAAAAUUGUUUUAAGAUUUACAAAUUGCAUAAAUUUUAAAUAGAAAGCAUUUAUGAAAUUUUUUUAAAUCUCACUUA